GUGUCCAUCAAAAAAUGGGUUCAGAUUCUCAGAUUCAGGUUCCAGUCAUCAAGUUCUCAGUGCAGGGCUCGGACUUGAAUCGAGGAAGUGAAGGGUGGCACAACUUGUGCAAGAGAGUUCGAGAGGCUUGUGAAAAUUAUGGGUGUUUCGAAGUAAUCUAUGACAAGAUCCCUAUAGACUUAAGAACGGAGGCUUUCUCGGCGGCGAGACAGCUUUUUGACCUUCCUUUGGAUGCCAAGCAGAAAGGUGUAAAUCCAACGAGACGUAACCUUGGCUACAUGGGACAGAGUUCUUUAGGUUCCUUGUACGAGGCCUUUGCAAUUGAAGAUGGCUCUAACUAUGAUUCCCUCAAAAGCUUCACGGAAGUAAUAUGGCCUGAUAUUGGUAAUGACCAAUUCUGCCAGGCAUUUAUUUCUAUGGUUAAGUUGCUGGACGAGCUAAACAAUAUACUAGAAUUGAUGAUUCUUGAUUCUUAUGGAUUGGGGGAUAAAAAAGAGUCAAUCGUGGAAUGCAAAACACUACUAAGGCUAAUGAAAUACAAAGCUCCCCCGUCUGGGGAAUCUAUGGCAGGACUCAGAGCUCAUACUGAUAAAGGAUUGUUUACAAUCCUAUGUGAAGAUCAAGUUUCGGGCCUUGAAGUUGAAAAGAAGGAUGGCCAAUGGUUUAAAUUGUCUCCAUCUCCUACCUCUUUCAUCUUUUUUGUUGGAGAUCUCCUAAAGGCGUGGAGUAAUUGCAGAAUGCAUGCUGUGAAUCAUAGGGUGAUGAUGACUGGAGAUAAAGAGCGUUAUUCUUUCGGAGUUUUUGCACUUCCCAUGGAUGCAAGCAAUAUCAAGGCAGCAAAAGAGCUUGUUGAUGAAGAACAUCCCCAAGUGCUCAAAGAGUUCCGUUACAAGGAUUAUCUCGAUUUCACCUAUUCGGAGAAGGCAAGGUCCAUGGACUAUCAUAUGCACAUGCUCGCAUUUGCAGGGAUCAUGUAGAACUUAACUUGUUGGCAAUGACAUGAUCAGUACUAGUAGUAUUUGGUUAAUACAAGCAUGCGUGUAAAUUAAUCAAGAUCUACUUUGGCAUAAUUAAUACAGUUGUGGUUGUUUCGACCCUUUCUAGUUC